AUGCCGCUGCAGGUGAGGGCAUGGGUAGCGAAACUCACCAAGAGCAAGUCUGAGACGUCGUCGGGCAUGCAGUCUCACGGCCUCGGUGGGGCUGCUGCUCCUUUCCUGACGUCUGGUCUGAUCGGACUCAGCGACGACGAGGCGCGGGCGAUCCGCCACAGGCUGCGCCUCCGUUUGGGCGCGCUUUCUUCGGCGAAGCUGGUGUCUGGAAAGAAUCUGCACGACGCUGUGCAUGCUCUGGGCCUGACGAGAUACAGCAUCGAUGACAUCAAUGAGAUGGUAAAUCUGGUCGCGGAUUUCAUCCACCUUGGUUUCGAGGCCCGAGAUCGAAGGAGCAGGAGGCAGACCGUUUUCUCCUGGGAGACGGCGGAUGAGGUGGACCGCUAUGGCAAGCCGGUUUGGGAGUGGCCAAAAGUGAAAGAUUACAUGGGCUACCACCGGAGUGCCUCCCUCACGGCCUUCGAACCACAGGCCAUGAGCACCUUCAACGUCGUGCCCGCCUCUGCACUGAUGGAGCUAUUUUUGGCUCAGGACUCCGAAAUCCACAAGCGCAUCUUUGGCCAGACUGGAGUCAAGCAGUUUCAGGCGAUCCGCGAGAUCUUGCUGGCCGGUGACACCAACCGCCUAGUUGCCGAGCUGACCUUCGUCCGCAUUAACGAUCUGGCGGCACCCCCGGAACCGCUGCAUCCACUCAUGUACGUGGAGCCGCUGGUGGCAAUUCUUAUCGUCGCCAAUGGGGUUAUGAUCGGCUUCCAAACCGACCCUUUCUAUGAGAUUUGGGAGGGCUGGGCCUACGUCGAACUGGGCUUUGCUCUCUUUCUGUUUCUGGAAAUUGUACUGCGCCAGCACUUCCUCACAUGCAGAGGCUUCUGGUGUGGCGAGGAUCGCUUCUGGAACUGGUUUGAUGUAAUUCUGUGCACCACGAGCGUUGCGGACGUCAGCGUUCAGUUCGCAAGCACCUCUCCGACGGACAUCGGAGGGCGCGAGCUGUCCCUACUACGAUUCUGCCGCCUCAUCCGGCUGGUGCGCAUCGUGAAAGUUUUCAGACUGAAGUUCAUGAAGGACCUCAGACUCAUGGUGAAGGGCCUGGUGGCUGGCAUUCGGACGCUGGUUCUUGCCUUCACCUUGCUGGUCUCCGUGAUUUAUGUGAUAGCAGGCUUUGCCACUAUGAGCUUUGGAGGCAUCACUGGUGUUGAAGUGCCGGGACUCGAGAUGGACAAGUACUUCUACAACUUGCCGAUGUCAAUGUUCACCGCCUUCCGCUGCUUCACUGGUGAUUGCGUCACUGAUCAAGGCUUUCCCCUCACGUUCUUGCUCACUGACGAGUUCGGUUUGGUGUUCGUCGCCUGCUAUAUCAUCAGCUAUAUGCUGGUCUCCAUGGGCAUUUUCAAUGUCAUCUUGGCUGUGUACGUGGAGAUCACGAUGAAGGCGGCCAAAGAAACGGAGGCGACCACUGCUGAGCAAUAUGCACGCGAGUCCAUCCGCAUUGCCCGCACCACACGCGAGUUGCUGAAGAAGUUUGCUGCAGCCUACAGGCUUUUCCAGGAGCUCGAGAAGGAGGAUGCAGCCGCGACACAAACAAGCCGCCACUCGGGCUUCAACAUGAAAACUCGCACCGGCCUCUUCACCGACGACGAUGUGCAUGAUGGAAUCGCCAUAACGAAAGAGCUCUUCUUAUUGGUCAUCCAAGAUCGCGGUGUGCAACAACUGAUGGACGAGUUGGACCUCCCUCCGGAUAGGGCCAACCUCUUUGAGGUGAUCGACGCAGACGGUAGCGGUACGCUCCACAUAACUGAGCUCGUCCAGGGCCUCUUGAAGAUCCGGGGUGAAAUCAACAAAUCUGACACGGUCGCGGCGCUCCUGGCGGCUAAAGCUGUGCAGAGUAUCCUGGUGGAGUUUAAGGAGGAGCAGAAGCAAGCCAACGAGCUGCUGCGCAAGGAGCUUCGAGCAGAGUUGCACCGCUGCACGACAUGCUCUAGGCCCCCAUCCAAGUCGCAGUCUUCCCAAAGGGCAAGACCGCGUGUCGCAAAUGUUUGA